AUGUUAGGACUCGCGCUAGCUCCUCUCUGUGGGUCCUCCUUCCAAACUCCUCCCAUCUUCUCAUCGAUUCGGUCUGCCGACGAUCCUCAAGCUAAUCCGACUAUCGACGAUCCUCGCGCUAGUCGAUUAUCCUUCCCCGCCGUUAUUUUCAAAUUACUAAUCUAA